AUGAGUGGAGAGUGGGGUAGCGGAGGAGCGUGGAGUGGGGUAGCGGUGUGGGGAAGGGAGCGGAAGAGAAAGGAAGAGAGGGAGAGUAGAGAGAGAGGGCUGUUGGACAAAAUCAAAACAAUUGCUGAGGUUUUUGCAGCAACUGAGGCACUUAAGAAUCUGCUGCAACAAAUAAAAUUGCUCCAGUUAAAAGAAAAUGAGAGAAACCAACUGCGGGAGAAAAGGAAAGAGUUAGUGAAACUGGGACUUCAGAAAGAGAGGAACCACGAAACCUCUGUUGGGCAUGAAGAAGAAAGUGAUAAAAAUGAACAAAGUGAAGAACAACAAGCAGAUAAAGAAGAUGAAGGAGAUGAUGAAGUAGACAAAGAUGAAGAAACUAGAGAAGAAAGUGAAAAAGAAAAUGAAAAAUCUGCUGAAGGAGAUGAAGCAAAUGAUGAAGGAAAUGAAGAAGAAGGAGAUGAAAAAGAAGGAGAUGAAGGGGAUGAAAGAGGUGAAGAAGAUGCAGAAACUGAAAAGGGUAAUGAAGAAGAAGAAGAAUCUACAGAUCACAUGUCGACGACCUUGGCUGAGUUAAGAAAACAAGGAAAAAUAAUGUGGAUGCCAAUAUUCUUGAGUCGUCUAGUAUUGCGACAGAUCCCAAUAGACCUUCCAUUGACGAGGUCAUCAAGAGUUUCAGCAUUGAAAAGUACGGCGUGA